AUCCUUUGGAUGCAAAUGUAAAAAGUCGUUUUGUUCUGUUCAUCAGUUGUUAGGGAGAGAAAUUUGAGAGGGAGUUAUCUAAAAUAAUAUGAUCUGAAAAAAGAAGAAAUCGCGACUGUGUGCUCAUGGCGCCGAACACCUUUUCAACUGUUACGUCACGGCAGCAGUGUCAAGGCAAUGGUCUUAAGGCUUACGGUGCCUCUCAGUGCCAGGCGGGAGACAGAAGCGUGUACAUGCACGUUUGUGCUCCUGAGGUGCUCCUUUUCGGCCGGAAAAAAAGGAAAGAAAAAAGAAAAAAGGUGUAACAGAGACAAAGUGAUCUGACACCAAAGAAAGAAAGAAAGAAAAAAAACGUCAGCGUGGCAUGGAAAAUGAAUUCCUUCGUUCCCGCGCUUUGGUGGGCGGCCAUCUUGGUCUUGGCGGUGCCUUCGAAUUUGAUUAGAGGAGCAUUAAACAGAAUCGGAAGGGUGGACAAUGUGACGAAGGCGCCCCUCCCGCCGCCUGUGCCCCCGGUCCUCCCUCGCUCCUUGACAGGCGGAGACGAAGCAGGUAGUCCGCACGCGUUACGCCUCAAGACCGAGAAUGCCAUCUCAGUGUCCUUGGUGGCACCUGUGGACGAGUGUGACGUAACCGUUGCCCUGGAUAACGGGGAGGCAGCGCUGUUGUAUUCACGGAGCGACAAAUUCGAAUACACAUGCAAGCAGACCUUCACGACCGUCGAUCCUCAAGCAAACCUGACCGUCUCGUGCCAACAUUUCCGACUCAAGUUCAACUGCUUCUUCGAGAGUCUCACGAUUGAGGUGGACGGGAGAGCCUCUACGUACUGCAUGGACGACCAUGUGGGCCAGCGCCGAGGGCGAAACGUCAGCCUCUCCUACGAGCGCAAUUUCAUGGGAUUCAACGGCGGCUACGUGUGCACGGUGUCUUGCCAAGGGCCUCCUCCGGCCCCGCCCUCCGAGGCGCCCGGCUGCCCGACCUGCGGCGUCACGGUUGCCAUGGAGACCAAGAAAAGCAUUGCCGCAGAUGAAAGGAUCGUCGGAGGCGUCAGUACUGUCAAGGGCGAGUACCCGUGGAUGGCUCACCUGAAGAUCACAGCCAACCCCUCAAUGGAGUUCAUGUGUGGCGGGUCCCUCGUCACUAACAAGCUCAUCAUCUCAGCUGCUCAUUGCUUCGAAUACGACGUGGAGUAUGUUGACGUGAGUGAUGCGGCGAGUGUAUAGGGAUGAUGGUAAGGUAAAAAGGAAGGCGCGAUAGGCACGUUGGAACUGGCGUUAGGUGCGGUCAAGUAACUUUUUAUUUUUAUUUUUUAUUUUAUUUUAUUUUAUUUUAUUUUAUUUUAUUUUAUUUUAUUUUAUUUUAUUUUAUUUUAUUUUAUUUCAUUUAUUUAUUUAUUUAUUUAUUUAUUUUUACAACCGGGGCGAAUUAGCAUUACCUUUAAUCUUCGUUUUUCUUUUUUUUAAGUUUGGCAAUUUUAUCAAAAACUCCCAAUCGGUUUACCUGUUAGCCAAAUAGAUAGUAAGAUAAAAAAAAAAAAAAAUCCGCUUUACACAAGCUUCAUAAGCACAGAGAACAUACAUGAACAGACAAAAAGAUAAAUGCAAUGAAUAAGAAAAAAAGAUAAUAGUGAUGACACUAAUAACAACGUUAACGAUAACAUUGAUAAGAGUUCUGAUAGUAAUCUUCCUCCUCCUCCGUUUCCUUUUUCUCCUCCUCCUCCUUCUUCAUUUCUACCUCAUUUCCUGU